AUGCAGAAAUCAGAUCAUUAUACCAGCAGCUUUGGCGAUGAGAAAGAGGACUCUGACAUCAGUCACAGGCUCCCACGAGAUCCUGAUAUCUCACAGGCUUCAUCAUAUGGCAGUGCUCGCUCCAUUUCUCUCACUCAUUCUCUCAGUCAGACAACGCUCCGGAGUUCAAACUCGUUCAGAGUUAAAGCUCAGGAAUUUGCCGCAGGAUUUGUCACUUGCUUCAUCCCUCAUCGCCAUGCAACUUGUGAAGGAGCAGAACAUGAAGAUGGCUCGAGGGAUGUCUCCGAUUUUUCCACUACUUCGACAGGUUCAAAGAUGUCAACUAUGAGUAGCGGGAGCAAUUAUAGAUUCAGAACCCAUGGUUCUUACAGCAAAAAGGAAACACAGCAAGAAACAAUAAGGUUCUCCAUAGAAGAGAUCAACAAAGCCACUUCAAAUUUUGCAUCAGAAAAUAGAAUUGGGCAAGGAGGCUUUGGGGCGAUCUACAAGGGGAAACUCAAGGAUGGAACUCUAAUUGCAGUAAAACGAGCCAGAAAGAAUAUGUAUGAUGUGCACUUAAGCGUAGAAUUCAAGAGUGAAAUCGAAACUCUGUCGAAGGUAGAGCAUUUGAACUUAGUGCGAUUUCUUGGAUGUCUGGAGACUGAUAAUGAACGUCUAAUUCUGGUUGAGUAUGUUAGCAAUGGCAAUCUACGCGAACACUUGGAUGGAACACGUGGAAAUGGUCUAGAGAUCGGACAACGGCUCAACAUUGCCAUUGAUGUAGCUCAUGCUGUUGCCUAUCUGCACACAUAUGCAGAUCACCCAAUCAUCCACAGAGACAUCAAGGCCUCCAACAUCCUGCUGACGGACAAGCUCCGGGCAAAGGUGGCGGAUUUCGGGUUCGCGCGGCUGGCGGCGGAGGAUCCGGAGGCGACGCACGUCUCCACCCAGAUCAAGGGCACGGCGGGGUACCUCGACCCGGAGUACCUCCGGACCUACCAGCUCACGGAGAAGAGCGACGUGUACUCCUUCGGGGUCCUCCUCGUGGAGAUCGUCACGGGAAGGCGCCCCAUCGAGCGCAACCGCGACAACAGGGAACGCGUCACCACGCGAUGGGCGAUACGGAGGUUCAAGGAAGGUGACGCGGUGAUGGCGAUGGACCCGCGGUUGCGGCGGAGCCCAGCGGCGGUGGGCGCGACGCAGAGGGUGCUGGGGCUGGCGGAGCGGUGCAUGGAGAAGGAUAGGAGGUCGCGGCCGUCGAUGAGGGAGUGCGCGGAGGUGCUGUGGGGGAUCAGGAGGGACUCCCAGAGCAUGCUGCAGUCGUCGUCGACGACACGGUGA